AUGUGUGAUCUCAAGCGGACGCUGGACGCUGGCGGCCACUGUGUCCUGGAGAUGCCCUCGGGCACUGGCAAGACCAUCUCCUUGCUGUCCCUGAUCGUCGCCUAUCAGCAGUUCUACCCAGAGCAUCGCAAGCUGAUUUACUGCUCACGUACCAUGUCCGAGAUCGAGAAGGCUCUUGCCGAAUUGAAACGACUGAUGAAGUUCCGAACAGAACAGCUACGCUACGAGGAAGACUUUCGAGGCUUGGGAUUGACAAGUCGAAAGAACCUGUGCCUCCAUCCGUCCGUCAAGCGCGAGAAGAGUGGUGCCGUCGUCGAUGCCAGAUGUCGUAGUCUGACCGCCGGCUUCGUCAAAGAGAAGAAGGAACGAGGCGAAGCGGUCGAUGUUUGCGUCUACCACGACAACCUCGACCUGCUCGAACCACACAACCUCCUGCCUUCUGGUGUCUUCACCCUCGACGGCCUGCUCCAGUACGGCGAGCAGCACAAACAAUGCCCAUACUUCUCCGCCCGACGAAUGAUGCCCUUCUGCAACAUCAUCAUCUACUCCUACCACUACCUACUCGAUCCCAAAAUCGCCGAACGAGUCUCCAAAGAGCUGUCCAAAGACUGCAUCGUGGUUUUCGACGAAGCCCACAACAUUGACAAUGUCUGCAUCGAGUCCCUCUCUAUCGACAUCACCGAAGACUCCCUCCGAAAAGCCACCCGCGGUGCGAACAACCUCGAGCGCAAGAUCGAGGAGAUGAAUGCCACAGACCAGCAGAAACUUCAAGAUGAAUACUCCAAGCUCGUCCAAGGCUUGCAACUCGCCGAUGAAGGUAGGUCAGAAGAUGCCUUUAUGGCCAACCCGACACUGCCCGACGACCUCCUGAAAGAGGCGGUGCCCGGCAACAUCAGAAGAGCAGAGCAUUUUGUCGCCUUUCUGAAGCGCUUCAUCGAAUACCUCAAGACCCGCAUGAAAGUGCUCUACGUGAUCCAAGAGACACCGCCCUCCUUCCUCGCCCAUCUCAAGUCUUUGACAUUCAUCGAGAGGAAGCCACUCCGCUUCUGCGCCGAGCGACUGACCUCGCUCGUCCGGACGCUCGAGCUCACCAACAUCGAGGACUUCCAACCUCUGCAAGAAGUAGCCACCUUCGCAACCUUAGUCGCAACCUACGAGACGGGCUUCUUACUCAUCCUGGAACCAUACGAGACCGAUCAAGCCACUGUGCCAAAUCCGAUCCUGCAUUUCACCUGCCUCGACGCCUCCAUCGCUAUCAAGCCGGUCUUCGAACGAUUCUCUUCCGUCAUCAUCACCUCCGGCACAAUCUCACCUCUCGAAAUGUAUCCGAAAAUGCUCAACUUCACCACCGUCCUGCAAGAAUCGUACCCGAUGUCCCUCGCUCGACGCUCGUUCCUCCCGCUCAUCAUCUCGAAAGGCAGCGACCAGCAGAAGCUGACUUCUUCCUUCACCCAUCGAUCCGAUCCAGGAGUGGUGCGAAACUACGGUGCCCUCCUCUACGAGUUCGCCAAGAUCACUCCCGAUGGACUCGUCGUCUUCUUUCCCUCAUACCUAUACAUGGAAAUGAUCAUCUCCAUGUGGCAAGGCAUGGGCGAAACCUCACUUGCACUCGAAACAUAUCGCACAGCCUGCGAGAAUGGCAAAGGCGCCAUCCUGUUGUGCGUCGCCCGCGGCAAGGUCUCCGAAGGUAUCGAUUUCGACCACCACUACGGCCGCACUGUGCUGUGCUUGGGAGCACCAUACCAGUACACCGAAUCACGAAUCCUGAAAGCACGACUAGAGUUCCUGAACGACACCUACCGAAUACCGCCCAACGACUUCCUCUCCUUCGACGCCAUGCGCCACGCCGCGCAGUGUCUAGGACGUGUGUUGCGUGGCAAGGACGACUACGGAAUAAUGGUGCUGGCAGACAACAGAUUCAUCAAGCGCCGCAACCAACUACCCCGAUGGAUCGCAGAUGAGAUUCUCGAUAACCACACGAACCUCAGCACAGACGCAGCGGUCGGAAUGGCGCGAAAGUUCCUGCGUGGGAUCGCCCAACCACUCGAGACAGCCAUCCAGCAACGCGGCGCAGAGAAGGAAGGCGUAGCAGCUCUGAAGGGCAAAGACAGCUGGAGCUUUGAGGAACUCGAGCUGUUCCAGCGGGAGCAGCGAGGCGCAAAGGGUGAGGGCGAUUAUGGACGCGAUGGGAUUGAUGCGAUGGACUAUCUGCCCGAUAGAGGCCUCCCCAAUGGCAACGGCACGAAUGGGCACACCAAUGGCGCAGGCGUGGAUGAAUUUGGCGAUGCAGGCGAUAUCGCAGAUGAAGACUUGAUGAAUCUGGACGCCACGGCAUAA